UAUGACUGUGUGUGUGAUGCUUGAAGAAGUGGUGCAUUGCCUUUUGUUUAAAAUAAUAAAAUAAUAAAUAAAUGCGUAUUUAAAUAAUUAUUAAAUAUGGAAGUAGACGAAGUAGCAAAAUUAGAGCAUUUGUCUCUCGUAUCAAAAAUAUGUACAGAAUUAGAAAAUCAUUUAGGAAUUAAUGAUAAAGAUUUAGCUGAAUUUAUAAUUCAUUUAUCGGAAAAGAAUAGUACUUUUGAAGGCUUUAAAAAAGUAUUGAAUGAAAAUGGAGCGGAAUUUUCUGAUUCCUUUGUACAAAAUCUGUUAAGAAUAAUAAAACACAUGAAACCAACACCUGCACAAGCAUCACCACCAGCAAAAUCGAGAAAAGAUGAAUUAUCAACAAAAUUUCCCGGCUUAGCACUACCAAAUGAAAGGCCAGAUGAAAAAAUUUCUAAUGAUGAUGAUGAUGAUGAUAUUAUUAACCAGGCAAUGGCGUCAUUAGAAGCAUUUGCACCAUCCAGCUUAAAAAAUAAUAACACUAAUAGUGAAUUAAAUGAAAAUAAAAGCGAGAGGAAAAGAAGUCGCUCACGAGAUCUCAAAAGAAAUAGAUCAAGAUCACCCAAUCAAAAACAAAAGAGACACAAAGGUAGAUCUCGUUCACGUCAUAGAUCAAGAUCAAAUUCACGUUCCCGACGACGUUCAAUAUCAAAUUCUCGUUCUCGACGACGUUCACGUUCAAAUUCCCGAUCACGCAGGCGAUCCAGAUCACGGGACAAUAGGCGAGAAAAUACAUCACGAGAAAGAAGAAGACACAGAUCACGGGAACGUAAACGUUCACGUUCUGCCAAUAGAAAAUCAAGAGCAGACGAUCGCAAUAAAGAAUCGAGACGAACGAAAAAAGAUGGUGAACGUUCAAGAUCACGUUCCACUGAAGAAUUAUCAAUUGAUCCGGAAAUUGGGAAAAUUUAUCCCGGUAAAGUGGCGAAUAUUGUGCCUUUUGGCUGUUUCGUUCAACUUGAAUCAUUGAAACGUCGUUGGGAGGGUCUUGUUCAUAUUUCACAAUUAAGAAGAGAAGGUCGUGUUGCAAGCGCAAGUGAUGUUGUGUCACGUGGUCAGAAAGUACUCGUUAAGGUUCUCAGUAUAAGCGGACAGAAAGUGUCAUUGAGUAUGAAGGAUGUUGAUCAAGAUACGGGACGUGAUCUCAAUCCAGUGAUAAAUGUAACAAGAACCGAGGAGGAUGAGAAACAUUUGAGGAAUCCUGAUCGUCCUACAUCUCUCUUGGAACUACAGGCGAAUGAUGACGAGGACGAGACGUAUUCUAGAAAACGAGUGCAAAGACUAUCAUCACCUGAGAAAUGGGAAAUUAAACAAAUGCUUGCAGCAAAUUGCAUUGAUAGGAGCGAACUACCGGAAUUCGAUAUGGAAACAGGACUUUUACCACGUGACGAUGAUGAAGAUGAGGACAUAGAAAUUGAAUUGGUUGAAGAGGAACCACCCUUUUUACAGGGUCAUGGUAGAAGUUUGGGUGACUUGAGUCCAGUGAGAAUUGUCAAAAAUCCUGAUGGAUCUUUGGCACAAGCUGCGAUGAUGCAAAGUGCAUUAGCAAAAGAAAGGCGGGAACAAAAAAUGCUGCAAAGAGAGCAAGAAAUGGAUUCAGCACCAACGGGAAGUCAUAAAAAUUGGAUUGAUCCCUUGCCAGAUGCUGAAAGUCGAUCGAUGGCAGCUAACGCUCGAGGUAUUGGUCUUCAAACGCAAGAUUUACCGGAAUGGAAAAAGCACGUAAUUGGCGGUAAAAAAUCAUCGUUUGGAAAGAAAACGAAUUUAACAUUAUUGGAGCAGCGUCAGUCUUUGCCAAUUUAUAAAUUACGUGAUGAUUUAGUAAAGGCAGUGACCGAUAAUCAAAUUCUCAUAGUUAUUGGAGAAACGGGUUCGGGAAAAACAACGCAAAUAACUCAAUACUUAGCGGAAGCUGGUUUCACUGCUCGUGGAAAAAUUGGUUGCACACAACCCAGGCGUAUAGCAGCAGUUUCGGUAGCGAAACGAGUGGCUGAAGAAUUCGGAUGUCGUAUGGGUCAGGAAGUUGGUUACACAAUUCGUUUCGAAGAUUGCACUGGUCCAGAGACAAAAAUAAAGUACAUGACAGAUGGUAUGUUAUUGAGAGAAUGCCUCAUGGAUCUCGACUUGAAAACGUAUUCCGUUAUUAUGUUGGACGAAGCUCAUGAACGGACAAUACAUACCGACGUUUUAUUUGGACUUUUAAAACAAGCUGUCGGCCGAAGACCAGAAUUAAAACUUAUUGUAACCAGUGCUACCUUGGAUGCUGUGAAAUUCUCUCAAUAUUUCUUCGAGGCACCAAUUUUUACCAUUCCCGGCAGAACAUUCGAAGUUGAGAUUAUGUACACGAAGGAGGCAGAGACUGAUUAUUUGGACGCCUCAUUAAUAACAGUUAUGCAAAUUCAUUUGCGUGAACCGCCCGGCGAUAUACUUUUAUUUUUAACCGGUCAAGAGGAGAUUGAUACUGCCUGCGAGAUUCUUUACGAGCGCAUGAAAUCAUUGGGCAAGGAUGUGCCGGAAUUGAUAAUUCUACCCGUUUAUUCGGCAUUGCCAUCGGAAAUGCAGACAAGAAUUUUCGAACCCGCACCACCUGGUUCACGUAAAGUUGUAAUAGCGACAAAUAUCGCUGAGACAAGUUUAACUGUCGAUGGAAUUUACUAUGUUGUCGAUCCCGGCUUUGUCAAGCAGAAAGUCUAUAAUUCAAAAACAGGAAUGGACAGUCUUAAUGUGACACCAAUUAGUCAAGCUGCAGCGAAACAACGCGCAGGCAGAGCCGGAAGAACGGGUCCAGGAAAAUGUUAUCGUCUUUAUACCGAGAGAGCGUACAGAGAUGAAAUGCUGCCAACGCCAGUGCCCGAAAUUCAACGCACAAAUCUCGCUACAACUGUUUUACAAUUAAAAACAAUGGGUAUUAAUGAUUUACUUCAUUUCGAUUUUAUGGAUGCACCGCCAGUUGAAUCGCUCAUUAUGGCAUUGGAAUCGUUGCACAGUUUAAGUGCCCUUGAUAAUGAGGGUCUUUUAACGAGAUUGGGGAGGAGAAUGGCCGAAUUUCCCUUGGAGCCGAAUUUAUCGAAAAUGUUAAUUAUGAGCGUACAUUUACAAUGUUCUGAAGAAAUUUUAACCAUUGUCAGUAUGUUGUCUGUACAAAAUGUUUUCUACAGACCAAAAGAUAAGCAAGCGUUGGCUGAUCAGAAGAAAGCAAAAUUCAAUCAGGCUGAAGGUGAUCAUUUAACUCUAUUAGCAGUUUAUAAUUCAUGGAGAAACAAUAAGUUCAGUAAUGCCUGGUGUUAUGAAAAUUUCGUACAAAUACGAACGCUUAAGCGUGCACAAGAUGUGCGUAAGCAAUUAUUAGGAAUUAUGGAUAGGCAUAAAUUAGAUGUCGUCUCGGCAAGUAAAAAUACGGUUCGAGUUCAAAAGGCAAUUUGCUCUGGAUUCUUUAGAAAUGCUGCGAAAAAAGAUCCACAAGAAGGAUAUAGAACUUUAGUCGACAGCCAAGUCGUUUACAUUCAUCCUAGCAGUGCUCUGUUCAACAGACAACCAGAAUGGGUAAUUUAUCAUGAAUUAGUGCAAACGACAAAAGAAUAUAUGCGUGAGGUCACAACAAUCGAUCCAAAAUGGCUAGUAGAAUAUGCGCCGGCAUUUUUCAAAUUUAGCGAUCCAGCGAAAUUGAGUAAAUUUAAGAAGAACCAGAGACUUGAACCAUUGUAUAAUAAAUAUGAAGAACCAAAUGCUUGGAGAAUAUCAAGAGUACGACGACGGCGUAAUUAAGAAUUCAAUUUAUGAAUAUAUAUUGAAAUAUAUAUUUGUUAUUUUUAAAUUAUUAACGAAAAUAAUAAUUUCUGUAAAUAUAUCAUUAAUUGUAGCGAAUACAAUACAAUUAGCGGAAUUUUUGUGCGAAAAAUUCAUAUUUCUAUAAUUUAAUUAAAUUGUCAAAUAUUUCCUUUUUGUAGAGUUCAUGAUAUUAUGAAAUGAUUCUAUAAAACAAAAAGUAUUGGCACGUUUACCUGUAAAUUACAUAUACAAUUUUUUCUAAAUACAUGUUUAAUUCAC